UGUUUACGACAUUGCUUUACGACACUGCAUCCCGUCUUCUCUGACAUCAAGAUGGCCUCGUCUUUCUGGAAAGGUGUUGUUGGCAUCGGACUUUUUGCCUUAGCUCAUGCAGCUUUUUCAGCGGCACAGCAUCGUUCAUAUAUGCGACUGACAGAGAAGGAAAAUGAGACACUACCAAUUGAUAUUGUAUUACAGACUUUAUUGUCGUUUGUGAUGACCUGUUAUGGCAUUGUCCACAUUGCUGGAGAGUUCAAAGACAUGGACGCCUCCUCGGAACUGAAAAACAAAACAUUUGAUACGCUGAGGAACCACCCUUCCUUUUACCUAUUCAAUCACCGGGGACGGGUGCUUUUCCACACACCAUUGGAGGAGCCCUCCUCUGUACGCAACCAGCAAGCUCUUCCCAACCCCAUUCGACUACGUAAGCUGGAGCAUUUGCACUGAGACUGGCCUUUCCUGCCCGCAACUUUAUCGUCAGAUAAGAGUUGUUUUUGUUAGACAGCUGGGAUGAAGUGAAAAUUCACCUUUCUCUACUUUAAUUUGUAUUUGUAAAUAAACUAAUAUGUUGUCCAUGCAUCUCUGUCCAUAAAAGUGGUCACCACCAUAUUCAACACUGACUGUGCCAACCCUUCAAUUUUUCAAGCAGACUUGUUUGUAUAUACAGUAUGUUCUCGCUUUGGAGUCUUAAGAUUCAAAGCCAUCUUCACUUAUUGUCCCGCCUGAACUGAUGCAGGACAUUGCUUUCCUUUGUAGAUCCUAUGUAUGAGGGGCAUAAAAAUGUCUGUACUCUGUUUCAUUUCCACCACACAAAAGUCUUCAGCAACACUCUGGGCAAACUUCUGUCAACUGAAACAAGAUUUGUCAGAUGAUUGAGGACAUUUAUUGUGUUGAUUUAUUUCUAGAAGAAGACAGGCUCCUUUGUACAUCCUGUGUACACUGAAGAGGUUUGGUUUAUACCACAGGAAGUCUGCUUAAGGUGAGAUGUGACAACAGAAACCAUUAGGUUGUCACUCAGAUGAUACUGUGAACAUAAAAUUGACUAGAAAGUGCUGGUACAUUCAUCUGGGUGACUUUUGUUUUUCUCUUUUUUGUUAAGAUUAAAAUGAUGUUUUUAAUUUAAUAAAAAGUGUACUGAUUUUA